AUGAGCAGCGUGGUGAUCAAUAAGUACCCGUUGGUGGUCGUCCAGCCAUCCGAGCCGGUCACUGCGACCGGCAGCGAGAUCGCCCUCUCCACCUACGACAAAGUAGUCCCUAUGGUGGAGACGGUGUUCUGUGUGUACGAGCAUCCCAUCCAGGAGCCUGCCGAGAUCAUAAGAAGAGGGCUCUCGCAAGCACUAGUCCACUACUACCCUAUCGCUGGCCGCCUUGCCACCGGAGCCACCUCCGGCGACGUCGUCAUCAAAUGCACUGGCGAGGGCGUGUCGUUCGUUGCAGCGUCUGCGAACUGCGCCAUCAAGGACGUGGCGGACCUGUGUGACUCAUCGCUGCAAGAAGAGCUCGCGCUCUACUACCCGGCAGUUGGUUUCAGCCACUCGGAGCCUUUGAUGCUGAUGCAGGUGACGGUCUUCUCUUGCGGCGGGUGUAUCGUGGGGCUAACAUGGAACCACCAACUCUGCGAUGGCAUUGGGCUCGCUCAGUUUUUCCGGGCGGUCGGCGAGCUUGCCCGCGGGCUGCCAUCGCCGUCCGUCGUCCCGGUCAGAUCGGCCGACUCGCUCAUGUUCGAUCUGCCUGCAUCCGUCGCAAACUGUGCGCGGAUUGCGGCUACCCUCCAACCAUUCCCGAGGGCGUCCCAGAACAUCACUCGACCAUCUAGCUUAAUCGAUGGCAUCAGACGCAGGUACUCCAUGAGUAGCAAUGAUGGGCCAUGCACGGUGUUCGAGGCAGUGGCCGCGGUGCUAUGGCGGUGCCGGACCCGUGCAAUCCGGUCCGACCCGGACAGCCUCGUCAUGCUCUCUUUCACGGCUGAUGCACGCAAGUAUGCGUCGGCCAAGAAGGGCUAUUACGGCAACUGUGUCACCAUACACCUGGUUGCGGCGACCAGUGGCAUGGUGACAAACGGAGUCGUCGUAGACCUGGUGAAAAUGAUCCACCGUGCCAAGGUUCCGAUGCCCGACCAGUCCAUCAUGGAUGAGUUGCAGCGCCAGCAUGGAUACAAUCUUCCGCAAGGACGACAGCAUCUCCAACAGUCGCCCCAAACGACGCGCGCGCGCGGUAAACGCAGCUUUUAG